CCCGCGCGCCCCUGCUCUCCCCGCCUCUCGGCCCCCAGCGCGGCGGAGCUCGGCCGGGGGCGGGGGAGCGUGGCCGGCGGCGCCUGCUGCGUCCCCUCCCACUCGCGCGGCCCCUUCCUCCGCCCUCGCGGCCGCUCGCGCUUCCUGGCGCUCCGGCUCUCCCGGCCGCUCCAAGUUCUUCCCAACUUCUGCCCGCUGGCAACAGCGGCUGCGGGGCCGGUCCAGCUCGCUCCUGGGGGCUCGGCGCCUGGUCUGCAGGGCAGUUCCCCGGGGAGCCACCCGCGCCCAGUGGCCUCGGUGGUUCCUCCCAGCGUCACCCCGCUGCCGAGCGCCCCGGACCCCCAGUCCUCGGUGCGCCCUGAUAGCGGAGGCGCCUCCCCGCGUCCCUCCUCCUCCAGCUCCUGGAAUCCAGCGGCGGGGACCCCGGUUCCCCGAUGGUCAGCGCUCGGGACUCCGGGCGCCUCCGGACUGUGUGAGCAGCCAUCCUGUGGAGGGCCAGGGCAUGGGCACCUUUUCCCGUACGUUCCUGUGACCAUCCCAACACAAAACUACUAAGGCUGUCUCAGGGGCACCCCGUGCCAGGAGAGGAAAGGCGGCAUCGCAGCACCACAGAGCCAUGCCUUUCGGUCUGAAGCUCCGCCGGACGCGGCGCUACAAUGUCUUGAGCAAGAACUGCUUUGUCACCCGGAUCCGCCUGCUGGACAGCAAUGUCAUCGAGUGCACCCUGUCAGUGGAAAGCACAGGGCAGGAGUGCCUGGAGGCUGUGGCCCAGAGGCUGGAGCUGCGGGAGACGCACUACUUUGGCCUUUGGUUUCUCAGCAAGAGCCAGCAAGCAAGGUGGGUGGAGCUGGAGAAACCGCUGAAGAAACAUCUGGACAAAUUUGCUAAUGAGCCUCUACUCUUCUUCGGAGUCAUGUUCUAUGUGCCAAACGUGUCAUGGCUUCAGCAGGAGGCCACAAGGUAUCAGUACUACCUGCAAGUCAAAAAAGAUGUGCUCGAGGGACGGCUACGGUGCACGCUGGAACAAGUGAUCCGGCUGGCUGGCUUGGCAGUGCAAGCUGAUUUUGGAGACUAUAACCAGUUUGAUUCCCAAGAAUUCCUCCGAGAGUACGUGCUAUUUCCUAUGGAUUUGGCCUUGGAGGAGGCUGUUCUGGAGGAGCUGACCCAGAAGGUGGCCCAGGAGCACAAAGCCCACAGUGGGAUCCUGCCAGCAGAGGCUGAGCUGAUGUACAUCAAUGAAGUGGAACGUUUGGAUGGAUUUGGACAGGAAAUCUUCCCCGUGAAGGACAAUCAUGGAAACGGCAUGCACCUUGGUAUUUUCUUUAUGGGGAUUUUUGUGAGAAACAGAAUUGGAAGACAAGCAGUGAUAUACAGGUGGAAUGACGUUGGGAGCAUCACCCACAGCAAGGCGGCCAUCCUGCUGGAGCUGAUUGACAAGGAGGAGACUGCACUCUUCCACACAGAUGAUAUCGAAAACGCCAAGUAUAUUUCUCGGUUAUUUACAACACGGCACAAAUUUUACAAACAAAACCAGAUCUGCACUGAACAGUCAAAUUCUCCACCCCCUAUCAGACGCCAGCCCACCUGGAGCCGGUCCUCACUGCCAAGGCAGCAGCCAUACAUCCUGCCUCCCAUGCAUGUGCAGUGCGGCGAGCACUACUCGGAAACUCACACUUCACAAGACAGCAUCUUCCAUGGGAAUGAAGAAGCCUUGUAUUGCAAUUCUCACAACAGCCUGGACUUAAAUUACUUAAAUGGUACGAUCACCAAUGGCAGCGUGUGCAGCGUUCACAGUGUCAACUCCCUCAGCUGCUCGCAAAGCUUCAUCCAGGCUUCUCCCGUGUCCUCCAACCUCAGCAUCCCCGGGAGCGACAUCAUGCACGCCGACUACAUCCCCAGCCACCGGCACAGUGCCAUCAUCGUGCCAUCCUACAGGCCUACCCCAGAUUACGAGACAGUCAUGCGGCAGAUGAAGAGGGGGCUGAUGCAUGCAGACAGCCACAGCCAGUCUCUGCGCAACCUAAACAUCAUCAAUACCCACGCCUACAACCAGCCGGAGGAGCUGGUGUACAGCCAGCCCGAGAUGCGGGAGCGGCAUCCGUACACUGUCUCGUAUAUGCCCCAGGGGAGCUAUGGUCACAAACUUGUUAGUCCAUCCGACCAGAUGAACCCCAAGAACAACAUGGUGCCCAGCAAGCCGGGGGCCAGUGCCAUCUCACACACAGUGAGCACUCCAGAGCUGGCCAACAUGCAGCUCCAAGGGACUCACAGCUACAGUACAGCGCACAUGCUCAAGAACUAUCUCUUCAGGCCACCGCCACCCUACCCUCGGCCCCGUCCUGCCACCAGCACCCCAGACCUUGCCAGCCACCGCCAUAAGUAUGUCAGCGGCAGCAGCCCUGACCUGGUGACACGGAAGGUCCAGCUGUCUGUGAAGACCUUCCAGGAGGACAGCUCUCCCGUGGUCCAUCAGUCUCUGCAGGAGGUGAGCGAGCCCCUUACGGCCACCACCAAGCACCACGGCACGGUGAACAAGCGCCACAGCCUGGAGGUGAUGAACAGUAUGGUGCGGGGCAUGGAAGCCAUGACUCUGAAGUCACUCAACAUCCCCAUGGCUCGUCGUAACACGCUUCGGGAGCAGGGCCCGCCCGAGGAGGCAGGUGGUCAUGAACUGCACGGACUCCCUCAGUAUCACCACAAGAAGACGUUCUCAGAUGCCACCAUGCUGAUCCACAGCAGCGAGAGCGAGGAGGAGGAGGAGGAGGCCCCCGAGGCCAUGCCCCGCAUCCCUGCGCUGCAGGAGAAGGUGGAGUACAGUGCCCAGCUGCAGGCCGCCCUAGCUAGGAUUCCCAACAGGCCCCCGCCUGAGUACCCUGGGCCAAGGAAGAGUGUCAGCAACGGGGCACUGAGGCAAGACCAGGGGACCCUCCUUCCUGCUGCAGCCAGGGCCAGGGUGCUGAGGCACGGGCCCCCCAAGGCCCUCAGUGUCUCCCGGACUGAGCAGCUGGCCAUCAACGGGGCCUCUCUGGGCCCCUCCAUCUCGGAGCCUGACCUGACCAGCGUGAAGGAGCGGGUCAAGAAAGAACCUGUGAAGGAGAGGCCCGUGUCAGAGAUGUUCUCCCUGGAGGACAGCAUUAUAGAGAGAGAAAUGAUGAUUAGGAAUCUGGAGAAGCAGAAGAUGGCGGGCCUGGAGGCACAGAAGAGGCCGCUGAUGUUGGCAGCGUUGAAUGGGCUCUCGGUGGCCCGGGUCUCGGGGCGGGAAGACAGUCGACAUGAUGCCACCCGAGUUCCCAUAGACGAGAGGCUCAGAACCCUGAAGAAGAAGCUGGAAGACGGAAUGGUGUUCACAGAGUAUGAGCAGGUCCCAAACAAAAAGGCCAAUGGUGUUUUCAACACUGCAGCUUUACCAGAAAACGCUGAGCGCAGCCGCAUCCGGGAAGUCGUCCCUUACGAGGAGAAUCGCGUAGAGCUCAUCCCAACCAAAGAGAACAACACGGGCUACAUCAAUGCUUCCCACAUCAAGGUGGUGGUUAGUGGGGCAGAAUGGCACUACAUUGCAACUCAGGGGCCCCUGCCACACACGUGCCACGACUUCUGGCAGAUGGUGUGGGAGCAGGGAGUGAACGUGAUUGCCAUGGUCACUGCGGAAGAGGAAGGUGGACGGACCAAAAGUCACCGAUAUUGGCCCAAACUGGGGUCCAAGCACAGCUCGGCCACCUAUGGCAAGUUCAAGGUCACGACAAAGUUCCGGACAGACUCUGGUUGCUAUGCAACCACAGGCUUGAAGGUCAAACACCUCUUGUCUGGGCAGGAAAGGACAGUGUGGCAUUUGCAGUACACUGACUGGCCCCAUCAUGGUUGCCCUGAGGAUGUCCAAGGAUUCUUAUCCUACCUGGAGGAGAUCCAGUCAGUCCGUCGCCACACUAACAGCAUGCUGGAAGGCUCCAAGACCAGGCACCCGCCCAUCAUUGUGCACUGCAGCGCAGGCGUGGGAAGGACUGGCGUGGUCAUUCUUUCGGAGCUGAUGAUCUACUGCCUGGAACAUAAUGAAAAGGUGGAAGUGCCCACCAUGCUGCGGUUCCUCAGGGAGCAGAGGAUGUUUAUGAUCCAGACCAUUGCGCAGUACAAGUUCGUCUACCAAGUUCUUAUCCAGUUCCUCCAGAACUCCAGACUGAUUUGAUCUCCCAGAUCCAGCUCCUAGAGGAAGGACCCAGCGCCAUCCCGGGGUGGGGGGGGCGCCACCUCCAGACAACAUCUGCCACCCCAGCUGGCCUGAUGGCUGGCAGCAGGCAGAAGCCAGAGUUACUUACAAACAUCAUGUAUUAUUUUAUAUGAGAUAAUUUAUUUUUUUCCUCUUUGGAAUAACUUUUGUGAGUUAUUAUAAUGCAGUUUUUCACAAUAAUAUAGUGCUUUUCAUUUGAACCUUAUGAUGACUGAUCUGCACUGUAAGCCAUGAGAGGAAGGUGGACUCAGGGGCGUUGUGGGCACGGAGGGGCAAGGGAACACAUCUCUAGUGAAAUUGCAGUCAGAUUUGUAAUGUUCCUGAACUCCAGCUCAGAUUUCUCUCUAAUCAAAAAUGAUAAGAAAGAAUUCAUCCUGAAAUAAAGAAAAAGAGACAAGAUCCUUUCCCAUAGGAAGAAACUUCGUUCUCUUACACUGUGGCUCCAUUCGCCUUGCUGGACAGUUUCUCCGCUCCCUAGCUCUGUCGGCACCCUCAAUAAGCCCUCUCCCUAAGCCUGGGGCAGGGAACAUGCUCUCUUUGAAGGACAGUAAUGCCGUCUUAGUCUACUUUGCUUGUUUCUUAUUCUGGGUCUGGAAGUCAGUGUGGUGCUGGGACUGUACACUGUGUAUCUGUUGUUUUCUCCCUGUGUGCUUCCAAUAUCCAGACUGGUGGCCUUGGACCAGGUCAUCUGCACAGCUCGGCCUGAUUGAGGUAGAAUAAUGGACCAGGACUAGAGGUGGGUGGGGCCUUGGUGUGAAUUCUUGACUGAGUAUGUUGAAUGUGGUGGGGACUUACAGGUCAAGGUUUGGGGUGUAUUCUGUUUUUGUCAAUCACUGAAUUGUUAAAAGGUUCACAAGAGACACACUGAGUUAACUGCUGUCUGAGAGCUGUGUGGCACGUAGGUAGAAGGGCCCUGGCCAGGAGUCAUACCCUGUGUCGGCCCCACUUUGUUAGCUGUUCCAUGCUUUGGCUGACAAGAUGUCAUUAUUUUGUUUUAUGUUGUUUUGAGGCAGGGUCUCACAUAGCCCAAGCUGACCUUGAACUACUGUGUAGCUGCCUCUACCUCCUAAGUGCUGGGAUUAUGCACCGCCACACUCGGCCUUGCUUGGCCCGCAUGCUGGAUGCUUGUAGAUUAUGUCUUGCGAAGUCCUCCACUACCUUCUUUUUCUCUGUGCAACCCCCCCUCUGGUCAUGGUGUCAACUACCCUCAAGUUGAAGCCCAAUUUACUUUCUAUGUCUACUUUUUCCUGAAUAUAACUUUUUAAUUGUGGUUUUGUGAAACUGUUGGGUCUUCCAUGUGUCUUCUUCCCCUGAGUGGAAAAGAUGAACCAGAAAGAGCAUGCUAUUGUACCUCCCCAUCCCCAUAUAAGGAUAGAUGCUUAUGACAGCAGAUUCCCACCUCUGGAAGAUGAGCCAGCCCGUCUUCCCCCUGGGCCAGGAUGGUGCCGGUGCUGAUGUUGAUCUGUGGACUCAGAAUCUGGAGAUGGGAGCUUUCACCUCCUUCCUCCUCUAGGCUGAGGAGUGAGUCAAGGAAGGGUAGCUGGGAAUGAGCUUUGUGGAUCUGGAACCCUGGCAUGGAUUCUGACAUAGGUAUUUUCAAUGAUACGGAAAAGCUCGUUGAGAAGGAAAAAAAGUAUCGUUUAAUUUUCUUGGAGAUUUUUCCUGUUUUCCUGUUUGGGAUUUCCUAGCAGCUGGUGGCACUUACUGGUUUAUUGUGUCAUGAAGAAUGUCAACAUUUGCCUUUUAUCUCUAAGCCUCAGUGUGUUUGUAUGUCUCACAUGGGCAGCGAGGAGAUCUGAUGCCUUUUUGAGCUCAUCACUCACAGGCUGUUGCUAGCAGAAUAUUCAUAAACGCACAAGGUACAGGGAAGAAGUAGUUUGAAUAUCCAGCUUCCGAGCCAACACAUAUUGAACCCAAAGGAAACAUUUAAGGAGAACAUUUAAAAGUUCUCCCACAUAUUUCAUUUUUUAAAACCGCCGCUUCUGGCUCUUCCGCACGUUUUCUGUUCCUAUCUCCAAGUGCUGUGCAUCUCCUGUUAAAUUAUCAGCUGCCAUUUAAAGUCCUUUCAGUGGCAUCUGCACAAUAAUUGCCCAGAGAUGCUUUGUAUCUGGGAAGCAAGCCAAGGAAUAAACCUUGAAGCAAAGUAUAUUAAAUUAGUUAUCUAGUUAGAGCUUUUGGAAUGAGUUCCUGACAAUGUAUCAAGUCUGAAGCUGGAGCUGUCAGGGCCGAUUGCUGCUGUUUGGAUUUGAAGGGGUAGAAAAUUAAAACAGGGGCAAAUAAAAGAUGCUAUCUCACAGAAAGCGGUCAUCUGUUCACUAGCCCCUGAUUUUGAGGUUUUCCAAUUGUGUGUUGUGUCUUUCCCUCACACAUUUGUUGGUCCAGUGUUUGCCCUUGUUCGUGGGUCUCUGCAUCCUGGCUGUUACAUUCCGUGUCUUCAUCCUUAAGAUGGUGAGGUGAACCAUAACAAAGCCAGGGAGCGGCCUGCGGAGCUACAUCUGGUCUUGCAGGGCUCCAGGGCAAUACCACCUUGAGUAGGAAUUCCAGGGAGCUUGCCCGGGUUGCCUACACAUCUGUACACAGCUGCUUCCCUGUAGGAAGUAGAGGGGGCAAGAACAGCGUUAGACAGGGAUGUCAGGCGUCAAUGGAUUUUUAUGUGUGAAGACAAAUGAACUGAUCAUUUGGAGCUGAGCCACAAAAUAUCAGGGAAGGUGAAGCCAUCUCCAUGUGGCAUAUAUUGAGUUUGGAUUUCAGGUGUCUAUUUUGGGAGACUUUACUGUUACAACCUUUGAUUAUAAUUGAGCCCCCCCCACUGCCCCCAAGUCUUGGGCUUACUCUGGCAAACCCCAUUGGUCUGGAUGGAGGGUCUUUGUACAUCCUGGAGUCAGCCCUGGGGAACACAACCACCUGCUUCUAAGCUCUACUUUGGCUCUCCAUUUCAAUCUCCAGUGGAUAGGGGAGGUUAGCAUUUUUUAUUCUGCCAAUUACUUUUCUAUAUUUUUCAGUUUAAUAUCGCUUGACUCAUGUUGAAUUUCCAGCAAUGGAGGAUAUUUUCUGUGACUAGAGAAACUUCAUACAAAUUGACCUAAUAUCUAGUUUGUUUCUUCUUUGAUGCAGUACGGAUCUCAACACUGUGUGUCUUUUCUCCAACUAAGGACUCACGGACACAGAAGGGUCUAACUGUGGCGACCUUGCUCUGCUCUGUGAUGAACCGUCUAGGGCUUGGAGGUUGUCCUCUGCAGAGGUCACAGUGCACCCUUCAUGCUGACAGGUUGCACUGACAGACGUGCUGCUACGGGCUCUUCAGUUACCCUCUUCCAAGGCACUAGUUUAUUGGUCUGUAUCAGCUGACCUCAGUCCAGCCAUUAUUCAUGGGUCCCAAAGGUGUCCUCAGGCAACAAGCAGACCACGCCUUCUAAUCCCUCUCCCACUUAUAGACGCAUGACUGAUGGGAACAGCACAUUUAGUGACUGAUUUCCAUUUGGGGAAAAUGUGUCUAUUGCUUGAGGUGGAAUAGACGAGACUACCAGGGCAUUCUAGAAUAAACUCAAGGAAUACGAUUGGCUCUGACCCACGCUAGUACUAACUCUGUGGGGCUUCUUAGAGUAAGAAAUUCCCUGAAGAGCCAAGUCAUUACUGUUGGACUCCUGAGGCAGCCCUUUGUGGAACCGUUUCCCCAUUUUACCAAAGAUUUUGCUACUGUUUUCAUGACCCAUUCAGCGUUCCCUUCUGUGAACAGUACCGGCUCCCUUAGCUUCCAGACGGGAGACUUGGGUCCGCUGUGGAAACUGAGUGUUCUCCAGUGACCUACAAUUUGAUGAGUGACAGACUAGUUGGCUCUAUAAGGUGGACUGAGUUCUCGUUAGCCCUUUGGGGGAGAUGUCUAAGUGAGGAGGGACACAGAAUGGAGCUUUUCUCUUGACCUCUGGAGUACUUUGGGGUAGAAGACCCUUACAGGUUCAUCUGUUGGAGGUAGUAUCUGCAUGUCUGGGGGAGGGGAAGGGUAUACUCAGUCACAUGCUGCCAACCCCAGUGGGUUGUCCAAACAUCAGUUAUUGUGGGGGAGCUGUGACGCUGCACCACUGGCUCACCCUUUCUCUCCCACUCUUGGCUUCUAUGUUUCCAUUUUAAACUCAGGCGAUGUGUGUUUUUAUCCAGUGGCCUGCCCUCCUUAGCCUCUUUAGCUUAAUAUAGUGCGUCCUCUUUCUCAAAUUCACGCUAAGACAUUCAUGCUUAACCUGUCGUGAGCUGGGUUCUGGGGAUCUGGCAUCCUUCAGUCUCAUAGACCGGAUAAUGCAUCCUGUUUGGUGUCGUAGAAGGCAGUCAGCCUUCCUGCUGUUCAGAGUUUGUUCAGCCUCCCCGUUUUAGAGGUCAAGUGAAGGACAUUUAGUUGCCAGGCAGAAGGGCUGGAGUUCAUGGCAGCCUCAAUGUGACAGGUCACUGUGUAGAGAGUGAAUCUUCUGCUGUAUUCUGGCAGCGGGAUCAGCCUUUCUAAAAGGUGCCAAAGCUUGUCCACAGAUAUGCUGUACAUGGAUAGGAGGGGCUAGGUCAGCCCUGAAGUUCCUACCAAAAUAGUCAUUGGAUACACACUUUUUUGAACCCUGCAGUGAUGUUAGAAUUGGAAACAUGGUGCUACAGUGCUGGGACCCAUGUCAGCACCUAGCUCUCUGGCCUGCCGUGGACUCUAAGGUGUGGUCCUUGUGUGCUCUAGAGUCUUCUUGCCCUGCCAUCGGCAGCCUGCAUUGCCUUGUAGCUUGUGAGGAGAGGGUUUGGCCCAUGCACAGGCCUUCCACAGUUAGUCAUCAUGAACCCUGGUACAAGUCAUGACCAUUCAAAGCACAAAGCCCCGAAGUGUUGUGCCCGCUGGUGUUGCGUCGGGGAUGCUAAUGGCAUCGUUUGAGAUGUUACCGCCUUCGUUCCAGGGCACUUUGUUUGCUCAGGACUCUGCUGACCUUCCAGGCUUGCUCACUAGCUUCGUGGAUCAGCCCUCUGCAGCUUACUUUUCCUUUUCUUUACCUACCUGUUCACAAAACCCUUACAAGAGUUAAAUCUGCCUGAGAAGUCUUAAACCUCUCUAAAAUACCCGCCUAGGAAGCCUUAAUUUUAAUUUAACAAAGACAGAGGUUCUUAGUUAGCUUUCUGUUGCUGUGACACCAUGACCAAAAGCACUUGGGGAGGAAAGGGUUUAUUUCAUCUUACCCUUCCAAAG